AUGAAAAAUAAUCUGACUGAAGAAUCUGAAGCUUUCUCGGUCCUCUUCUCUGCUUCCCCUCUCUGUGCAGCGAAUAUGAGCAGCCGAUGGAAUCGCACGAUCUACGUUGGAAAUUUGCCUGGGGAUAUUCGUAUGAGAGAGGUUGAAGAUCUCUUCUACAAGUACGGACCCAUUGUGGACAUCGAAUUGAAGAUUCCACCGAGACCUCCUGGUUACGCCUUUGUCGAGUUCGAAGAUCCUCGUGAUGCAGACGAUGCAAUUUAUGGACGGGAUGGGUAUGAUUUUGAUGGGUGUCGACUACGGGUUGAGAUUGCACGUAGUGGUCGUAGAGGCUCAUCAACAGUGGAUAGGUACAGUGGGAGCCGCGCACCUCCAAGACGGUCCGACUUUCGUGUGCUAGUGACGGGAUUGCCUCCAUCUGCAUCCUGGCAGGACCUUAAGGAUCACAUGCGGAAAGCUGGAGAUGUCUGCUUUUCUGAAGUCUUUCAUGACCGAGGAGGCAUGUCUGGCGUUGUGGAUUAUAGCAACUAUGAUGAUAUGGAGUAUGCGAUAAGGAAACUAGAUGACUCAGAGUUUCGAAAUGCUUUCUCUAGGGCUUAUAUACGGGUGAGAGAAUAUGAGUCAAGGAGUAGGAGUGUGAGCCGCAGCCCAUAUUGUUCUAGGAGCAGGAGUCUGAGCCGUGGUCGAAGCUAUAGCUAUAGUAGCAAGAGCAGGAGUGCCACACCUGCUAGAUCCGUUUCUCCCCGGUCACGGUCCAUUACUCGUUCUCGUUCGCUACAUAGCUCUGUCUCAAGAUCCCGGUCAAGAUCAAGAUCAGAUUCUCCAGUUUCACCCGUGAGGUCUGAUUGA